AUGCUCAUUCACUCUGAUAAGCUCCCCAUUCUCUCAGAAAAUCUCCCCAAUCACUCAGAGAAUCUGCUCAUUAACUCAGAAAAGCUGCCCAUUCACUCAGAGAAUCUGCUCAUUCACCCUGAUAAUCUGCUCAUUCACCCUGAUAAUCUGCCUAUUCACUCAGAGAAUCUCCCCAUUCUCUCAGAGAAUCUGCCUAUUCACUCAGAGAAUCACCCCAUUCACCCAGAGAAUCUCCCCAUUCACCCAGAGAAUCUCCCCAUUCACCCAGAGAAUCUGCCCGUUCACCCAGAGAAUCUCCCCAUUCACCCAGUGAAUCUCCCCAUUCACUCAGAGAAUCUCCCCAUUCUCUCAGAGAAUCUGCCUAUUCACUCAGAGAAUCUCCCCAUUCACCCAGAGAAUCUCUCCAUUCACCCAGAGAAUCUCCCCAUUCACCCAGUGAAUCUCCCCAUUCACUCAGAGAAUCUGCCUAUUCACUCAGAGAAUCUCCCCAUUCACCCAGAGAAUCUCCCCAUUCACCCAGAGAAUCUCCCCAUUCACCCAGAGAAUCUGCCCGUUCACCCAGAGAAUCUCCCCAUUCACCCAGUGAAUCUCCCCAUUCACUCAGAGAAUCUCCCCAUUCACUCAGAGAAUCUGCCUAUUCACUCAGAGAAUCUCCCCAUUCACCCAGAGAAUCUCCCCAUUCACCCAGAUAAUCUCCCCAUUCACUCAGAGAAUCUCCCCAUUCACUCAGAGAAUCUCCCCAUUCACUCAGAGAAUCUGCCCAUUCACUCAGAGAAUCUCCCCAUUCACUCAGAGAAUCUCCCCAUUCACUCAGAGAAUCUCCCCAUUCACUCAGAAAAUCUGCUCAUUCACCCUGAUAAUCUGCCUAUUCACUCAGAGAAUCUGCUCAUUCACUCAGAGAAUCUGCUCAUUCACUCAGAGAAUCUGCCUAUUCACUCAGAGAAUCUGCCUAUUCACCCAGAGAAUCUGCCUAUUCACUCAGAUAAUCUGCCUAUUCACCAAGAUAAUCUGCCUUUUUACCUUGUGAAUCUAAAAUUUCAAUCUAAGAAUCUGGUCUUUCAGUAUGUGACACGUAGAAUCUCCCCACCCACCCUUGGACAUUGA